AUGGGAAUGAUAUAUAUUAUUAGUACAGUAAAAUUUGUCUUUUUUAUUGACUCAGCUAAAUGGUAUAAAAAAGAUUUCAAUGUUUUUAAAUCUUAUUUUUAUUAUUUUAAAUGUUAUACAGGUCAAAUUUUAACUUAUUAUCUUUUAAACUUCAUAGCUCAAAUAUUUAUUGAUAAUCCCAAAACAUUAGAAGAUUUAAAUAAAUAUGUAGUAAAUUCUUUUAUAAUAAUUGGUUAUUUAUUUUUAUAUAUUGAUGCAAUUGCUGGAAUGAUCUAUGUAACUCCAAAUAAACUUGAUUUUCAAUUUUUUAAAGAAAAAAUUGAAGUUAUAGGAUUACGAAUUUUUAAUACUGGAAUUAUUUUCACUGAACCCGAGGAAAUUGUUGUAAUAAGAAAAAACGGCAGCGCAAGAUUACAUAAUAAUAAAAUACCAAAUUAUUAUAGAAAUAGAGCAUACAAAAGAAAAACUUCUUAA